UAUUGCUCGCUUUGCUUCUGGUUUUCGUAACUUUGCUUGUGUACGCGCGUCGUCAGUCAAUGAGACUGAUCGUUUUGAACGUUUCUUGUUUAACAAAACAAACUGAUUCAAAUAAUAAAAAAUAAAUUAAAUCUUAAAUAAAACCAAACGAAAACACAAAAUAAAACUCGAAUGCGUCGUAGAUAUGUGAAAGUGACAGUCGUUUAAUAUCGAAUUCUUUUUUUGUGUGAAAUAACAAUGUUAAUUCGCAUAGUUUCAAGUACCGCCACAUAAACAUUGUGAAGCGAAUGUUAUUAUGUGUGAUCGGGGAUCAUUAUGUUCGAAGUGGGAUAAACCAUACGAGUUUAUGAUUAUCUACUAGAAUGCAAGACGAGUAUUUGGAGACUUCGACGAGGAACUUCGAGCGGCGGCGGCCUACGAAGGUGUUGAAGAUAGCAGAGAGUUUUACUAACUUGGAUGAGACUGCUAAGUCGGGACGAUUCGUGCGUGGCCCUCAUUCGAGGACCGGGAGACGGUACCUGGAGAACGGUGGUAGGAAUAAGCGCGGGUGUUGUGAUGAUGAUUGUGCGGAGUCGAGUGCUAGUGAUGGUGAAAAACUUGGUGAUCGAAGAGUCACGGGCUCGUCGUGCACGGCCCUUCGGACUGCUGUAGCUGCUCUGUAUCCAUUUGACGACUUCAUCUUGGAGAAGAUCGGGUCAGGAUUUUUCUCUGAAGUUUUUAAAGUGACACAUAAGACGUCAGGCAAAGUGAUGGUGCUGAAGAUGAACCAGCAGCGGGCCAACCGGCCCAACAUGCUGCGGGAAGUUCAACUGAUGAACAAACUGAAACAUCCUAAUAUUUUAGGAUUUAUGGGUGUAUGCGUCCACGAGGGCCAACUGCACGCGCUCACGGAGUUCAUGGAGGGCGGUUCCCUGGAGCAGGUGAUACUGAGCAGGCCGCCCGAGCCGCUGCCCCAGCCGCUGCGCGUGUCGCUCGCCGCAGACAUGGCGGAGGGCAUGAUGUACCUGCACUCGCUGGGCGUGUUCCACAGAGACCUUACUGCUAAGAACGUAUUAUUAAGAAAAAAACCUGACGGUGAAUACACCGCUGUAGUUGCGGAUUUCGGUUUGGCAGCUAAAAUACCUCAUCCAAUGAACGGCUACCGGCUGCCGAGCGUCGGCUCGCCGUGGUGGAUGUCGCCCGAGUGCCUGCGCGGCCGAUGGUACGACAACCGCUCCGAUAUAUUCUCGUAUGGGAUCAUAUUGUGUCAGCUUAUCGCCAGAGUGGACGCCGACCCUGACGUGCUGCCGCGCACGGACAACUUCGGUCUCAACUACAUGGCGUUCGUGGAACUGUGCGACGAGCACACCGUGCCUGAGUUCCUCAGACUCGCCUUCAAUUGUUGCAUUUACGAGCCCAAGGCGCGGCCGCUAUUCCCGGACAUAGUGAGCAAGCUCGCCGAGAUCAAGGAGGGGCUCGACGACGCCGCCUGGGGCUGCCAUACGCCCAACACUUCGUACGACAGUGAGGAGGCAGACUCGUCAGGCGGUCGGUCGUGCAGCGCGGCGUCCGUGUGGCGCCGUCCGUUACGCAUGCGCUCUGAGAGCGCGCACACACACCGCGAUCAACGCAGCGCGGCGCACCGGCGCUCGCUGUCGGAGCUGGAGUGGGCGUGGCGCGCGGCGGGCGGCGGCGCGGUGGGCGCGGCGGGCGCGGCGCACCGCUCGGCCUGCGCGCUGCCGCCCGCGCCGCCCGCGCCGCCCAAGCUGGCGCGCCUGCACCGCCUGGCGCACAUCAUGCUGCUGCGCGACACGCACGCCGCGCCGCGCCCGGCCGCGCGCGCGCUGCACUCGUUCCGCGGCGUGCACAAGAUCCUGGAGCCGGCGCCGCACCGCUGCUCCAGCGGCGACCCGCCCGCGCUGUUCGCGCCCGCGCCCGCCGCGCCCGACGCCGACGAGCCGCGCUCCGCCUCGCUGCCGCCCUCGCCCGUGUUCUCGCGCCGCGCGCCCGACCUCGACAAGAGCGACUCGGCCGAGCUGCGGCGCCGCGGCUCCUGCGAGAGCGGCAUCUUCUCCGUCGCCAACGAGGACCUCUGCGCGCACCCCAGCUACGGCGCCAUGUGCCCGUGCUCGCUGAUGGGCUGCCCGCGCUGCUGGUGGUGGCGCCGCGACGGCGACGAGGAGCGCUCGCUGGACGAGUUCGACGAGCGGCCGCGCCUGCGCGCCUGCGGCGACUGCCUGGCGGGCUACGAGCGCCUGCUGCGCCGCCGCGCGCCGCCCGACGACUCGGCGCCGUCCACCGUGAGCUCGCUGCGCAGCCUCGACGACGAGGACAAGGAGGAGGCGUCGCCGUUCCUGUGCGGGCUGCCCGACGGCGACGACAGCCCGCGCGAGUACCACGUGCUGUCGCGCUGCUGCUGCGCCGGGCGCUGCGCCGACGGCUGCGGGGCGCACCGCCCGCUGGCGCCCGACGAGCUGCGCCGCGUGCUGCCGCGCGGGCUGUGCUUCCCGUCGCCGCUGCUGUCCGCCUGCAAGCGCACCUCCAGCGUGUACACGGACAGCUCGGAGGACGUCGCGUCGCUGGGCUCGGACAGCCUGUACGACGACCGCAUCCCGCGCCACGUGCGCUCCGCGCAGAUCUCCAAGAUCGUCGAGUACUUCGAGCGGAAGGGCGCCGACUUCAAGUGCGACAAGUUCAAGGGGCAGCGGCUCAAGAUGGGCGGGCUCGGCGGCAAGAUGGAGAUCCGCAUGGAGGCGCUGGGCGAGGAGGGCUGCGGCCGCAAGUGCGCGGCGCAGCGCCUGCUGGUGUGCGAGGGCGCCGUCAAGUCCAAGCUGCCGCUGUUCGACAAGAAGUCAUAGCGGCGGGGCGCCGGGCCCGAGCGGCGCCCCAGCCACUGAGGGCGCCGCCGCGCCCCUGUCUUGUGUCAAAUUUGGUGACUUCCAAUUGUAGCGUGUAACAGAAUUUUAAAGAUAUUUAUAUUCGCAAAUAUUAUACAUAUACAACUAAAAGAGCGAUAUUAUAUGAUCGGUAUGCGCGUCGUCGAGCAGUAUUUCCGAGGCUAGUGCCAAUUUAUACGGUGACAUGUUUAGGGACGACGCGUCGAGUGACUCGUCCCGCGUCCGUUUGACUGAGUGCGCCGUUGUGACGUCACGAAGCGGUGGCCUACGCCCUAUUGGGGACUUAGUGAAAAUAUUAUGUGAAAACGUCGAUUUAGUUAUAUCCCGGGAUGUGUAUUUUUCUUACUUAAUUAAUGGAGGCGGUGGACGCCGUGUAAAUAAUUAUUUAGAUUAAUUCCGGUUAAUAAUUUAUAUACAGAUAAUAAUUUAAUUUAUGUAUACAGUAUUACGUUAUUACUUGCCAGUUCACAUUAGGUGUAUAUAUGUUUAAAAUCCGUAAGUUAUUUCCUUUAUUUUUCAUAUUAAUAUUCGAAAGUGGCAACGUCGCAGCGCUUACGUGGAAUUUUAUUUUCUAUUUUGUCUGAAGCUUAUGUUUACAAAAUUUCCAAAUAAAUUUAUACUUAUUUCGUUUAUUUUUGCGGCCUCCGAUCCGAGGUUGAGUGAAUUCGUCCUGAAAGUUUAUGAACAAAAUUAUUUAUACAUCGGUGUCGCGUGCCUAGUCUUAUACAGCGCGUCACUUAGUCCAACUUUAGUGAAUACAUAGAUUAAUCGCACUUAGACAUAGAUAGGGGAGAAAAAAUUGGUUUAUACUAGUUAAUAAUUUAUUUUUCUUUCGAUGCGUGUCUACAAAGUAUUGACGAUUCUAACUAACUCUAAAUAUCUGUAUCAUCAUAUCCUUGAACUAUGUAUUUACCUUCAAUAUAAUAUGUACAAAUUUGUGUCAAAUCAAAAAAGCCAAUCAAUCGAAUAACUUGACGGAGAUUUUGAAUAAAAUUUCUCUAAGAACCUCUGAUUUGAUUUAUUUUACACCUUUUUGAGGUAAUUUUUUUUUUUUUUUAAGUACCGAUGCGAUGACAAAAUGUAUCGAAAAUAUUUUUUUUAUUUAUUUAUUUAGCAUAAAAAUCGCCGUCAAGUAUUACGAAAAUAGUAAUAAAAUUUAUCUUAGAAUAUUAAAGAUCAUUAUAAUCGAUUGAACACAUAUUUUUGUCAUAAUCAUUAUCGUCAGGGUAUUUGGAAAAUGUAAAUAUUGUAUAUUUAAUUAUAUUACAGAAAUAUCCCGAACGGACGUGUUUAGAAUUUAGUGCCAAAACAGAUUUCCUAAAUAUAUCCAUAAAAUCCACCUUGUCCACAUUCAGUCGGGAUUUUAA